AUGGUAUUGCUUAUAGCCCAUCUGCCUGCUCCGCCAACAUCGAAGAUAAAGGGAUUUACCAUUAUUAUGACAUACAACGUUACAACAGAGUUAUUCGCAGAAUGGGCUAUAGGAAUGGCCAUUAUUGCAAUUCGCAUCUAUGCACGGUGGAAACUUGGGAAGAGCAAGUUCUACUGGGAUGAUCUUUGUCUAGGGCUUGCCACGAUAUUUUGGACCAUGCACACGGUCUUUCUUUAUCUUUGUAAUGAUGUAUACGGGUCAAACAUUGGUCUUGACGAGAAAUCGGCGAUGGAGGUUCCGGACAGCCAAGUCGCAACCUUACGGACCGGAUCCAUCGACGCAUUUGUUGCCUGGAUUUCGUAUAUCUGCAUGGUGUGGUCAUUUAAAGGGGUCUUAAUGUUCCUCUACAACAGAUUGACACUAGGUCUCUGGCAACACCGCUUGACGAUAGUAGUUGGAGCCUUUUGUGUCGGUACAUUCAUCGCAUCCCUGUUUUUCCACAUUUUUAUUUGCAAGCCAGUACACAGGAGCUGGCAAAUCAAACCAUAUGCUGGAGAUAACUGUACUAUACGUCCCUUGAACUAUAUCGUCAUUGAGACCCUCAGCAUAACAACUGACAUUGCGAUCCUCACAAUCCCCAUUCCCCUCGUCAUAGCAGCCCGCAUCCCGCUCACCCAAAAGCUCCUCCUCUGCCUUCUCUUCUCAUCCGGAAUAUUCGUCAUGAUAGCCGCCUUCCUCCGCGCCUACUACUCUGUCAAAGAUAUUUCCCAGCUAUCAACUGCUCUAGGCUGGGCCUCCCGCGAAGCCCUCGUUUCUGUGAUCACUAUCUGCGCCCCGGGAAUCAAGCCGCUUAUCAGCCAUUCACGCUGGUUCUCUUCGAAGGGCAGCUCGAAUUUUACCAGCCAGACGCCGAAACGAAACAGUGUUUUUACUUCUUCGAGGAGUCAGAGCAGGGAUGUGUAUAAUAGACAUCCAUAUGAGCUGUCGUCGUUAGGUUGGGGGAAGUCGCGGCGAGACUCGAGUGGUGAGAGCCAGCAGCAUAUUGUUGUUGAUACGACUGGGAGUGGAGAGGGCUCAUUGAAAAAUUACAAAGGAAUUGUGGUCACUACGGAUGUCAGUCUCUCUGAGGAACCAAAUUGUCGGAAGCAGGGGUAUCUCUAA